UCCGCGCUUCAGCGCAUCUUGAUAUCUUAUCAAACCUCUCCAGCUGCUAGUCGGACAAGAGAUCGUAAGCCCCGUAGUAUUCGUUUCUCGGUGAAGUACAUCUCACAGCUGACAUGAGUCCGAGAACUCUGACCAACGAGGCAUUGCGGGCAGACGAAGGAUAUCUCUUUUCGAUGGAAUCACGUGUGGUGAAGAAAAUCGGUGAGCGCAACGUGCGAGGUACCAACCUGCCGCAACGUUCGAUCCGUUUCGUGAAGGAUCUCGUGACCACCUUGGUUGAAGAACGAUGGCGUUACCUGUUGCUGGUGUUUGUCGGUAGUUACGUUGGCAGUUGGACGCUGUUUGCCGGACUUUGGUACAUUUUGUCGUACGCGCACGGCGAUUUAAUGUUUGACCCGACCACUGGGGCACGACUGGGCGAUGGCGGACAACCGUGCGUGGAUGGUGUUACCUCAUUUGUUGAGUUUCUGCUGUUCAGCAUGGAAACGCAAAUCUCUACCGGCUACGGAGCAAAGGUACCCACCGAGGAAUGCCCGGAAUCGUUUGGACUGCUUACCAUUCAGCUGAUUGUGGGCCUGCUCAUUGACGGUGCCAUAUUGGGUGUCGUCUAUGCGAAGAUGGUCCGCCCACCGCAGAAGAUCUCGGAGAUUAAAUUCAGCAAACGAGCCGUCGUUUGCAUGCGCGAUGGACAGUUGUGCUUAGUGUUUCGCAUCUGCGACCGCAAGUGGCAACAUGCUAUUGAAACGAAAGUUACUGCUGUUCUGUUGCAACCGUACCGCACAAAAGAGGGCGAGACGAUCGAGAAGCAGGAAACGUACCUGAAGCUGGAGAACGAGGGAAGACUGGUGUUGCUAUGGCCCGUAACUGUGUGCCACGUGAUCGAUCGCAACAGUCCGCUUUAUGAUGUAUCGGCGAAGGAUCUAAUGGCACAAAAAAGUCUAGAAAUUGUAGUCACCAUCACUGGGGGUACGAUGACAACGGGGCAGAUCAAUCAGGCCCGCACAUCAUACGUUCCGUCUGAGAUUUGCUGGGGUCACCGAUUCCGAGAUAUCGUCGAAUACGAUUCGCGCAAGGAUUGCUUUGUGGCGGUUAACGAGCGAAUGCACGAUCUCGAGGAAAUUGAAACGCCUCUCUGCAGCGCUCGUCAUCUAGAUUUGCUUAGGGCAAAGGUUCAUCUCGCCGACACAGCCACUUCAGAUACAGAUCAAAGAACGGAAAACGCGCCCGUUAACAUUGUUCAAUAAAAUCGAAAUAAUAGUAAAAAAUCAA